AAAUGGCGGAGCGAGAGGGGUGGCGCUGCUAGAGAAAACCUGGAGGGUGAAAGAGAGCGAAGGGACCAGUGUCCAUUUUUUUUUAUUACUUUUAGCAGACGAAACAGAGAAAUCCAGUGUCGGAGCUGGGAGGAAAACAGAGUGAAGAUAGAGAGGAAGAGAAGAAAAAUCGAUUCAAUUCUUCUCCCUUCUUACCGCGUUCAGUAGCCUUAAUCGGUUCUGAAAUAAAUUCAACUCGUUCGUGAAGCCUGCUUGCAGAUUUAUUCUCCUCGUAUGAUCGAUAAGGAGGCGGAGCUUUGGACUACCAAGCGGUGAUCACAGCUCCGGCGAGUGAGCGGAGUACAGCGAAGAUUUAAAAGUUGUCAUUCAGUAUUUUGUAACGUUUGGCCAUUACACUAUAUGUCUUCAACAAUCUGAAUCGCUUAAGCUCCCUCCAACUGAAGAAAAUGUCAUUGUCCCUUAGCGAAGGGCUUGAAGGAUCAUUUUCUCAAGACGAGAGGAGAGACCGGAGGUCAGAUGUUGAAAACUCGGAGGAUGAGAGAAGGAGAACAAAGAUCGGAUCCCUUAAAAAAAAAGCAUUGAACGCCUCCACAAAAUUUACGCAUUCUCUUAAAAAAAGAGGGAAGAGAAAAGUUGAUUCAAGAUCUUCUUCUGUUUCAAUAGAGGACGUCAGGGAUGAGGAAGAAGAGCGUUCCGUCUAUGCUUUCAGGCAAGAGCUCAUCGCUAAAGAUUUGUUACCGGAGAAGCAUGAUGACUAUCAUACGCUACUUAGGUUUCUAAAAGCCAGGAAAUUUGAUUUGACCAAAACAACUCAAAUGUGGCAAGAGAUGCUUCGCUGGAGAAAAGAAUUUGGAGCGGACACAAUAAUGGAGGAUUUUGAAUUUGAGGAGCUAGGCGCAGUACUUCACUACUAUCCUCAAGGGUACCAUGGAGUUGACAAAGAGGGCAGGCCUGUAUAUAUUGAGAGGCUUGGAAAAAUUGAGCCGAGCAAGCUGAUGCAUAUCACUACCUUGGAACGAUACCUAAAAUAUCACGUACAAGAGUUUGAGAAAGCAUUUCAUGAAAAGUUUCCUUCCUGUUCAAUUGCAGCAAAAAGACAUAUUAACACAACAACAACAAUAUUAGAUGUACAAGGCGUGGGUUGGAAGCAUUGGAGCAAAACAGUAACAGACCUUGUGAUGAGCAUUCAAAAAAUAGAUGGUGAUUACUAUCCUGAGACAUUACAUCAAAUGUUCAUUGUGAAUGCUGGCCCAGGUUUCAAGCUUAUCUGGAACACAAUAAAAGGCUUUCUUGAUCCCAAAACUACUGCUAAGAUACAUUUACUUGGGUCAAAAUAUCAGAGUAGAUUACUUGAAGCAAUUGAUGGAAGCCAACUUCCUGAUUUCUUUGGAGGUUUGUGCACCUGUUCGGAUGCUGGAGGUUGCCUGGGAUCCAAUAGAGGGCCUUGGAAUGAUCCUCUUAUCAUGAAGCUUGCUCGUAACGUUGAGGUAUCUUUUGUGAGGCAAAUCAGACGUUUGUCCGAUGGAAAGCCAUUAGGAAAGCCUUGCAUGCAACUAAGACCAUUGAAGGCAAGAUGCAGCAGUGACACAUCUGCUGCUGAAUCAGGUUCAGAUGCUGAUGAUAUUGGUUCACCUGUUGCAUCUAGAAAUGCGGAGUAUGCACGUCUUGCUCCAGUCCAUGAAGAAGUCAGAGGAAAUGAUUCGUGUUCAUACUAUAGCUGUGAUGACCAUUUUGUUGUGGUUGAUGAAGCUGCUGACACUGGUCAUGAUGGGUCGGGACCUUCCAGAUUCUCACCCAGAGGAGUGGGUGACCAAAUACAUCCCUAUGUUUAUUUAGGCGUUGACAGGCUAAACGAAGAAUCAAUUCAAGGAAUUGUAAGAUGUUUUGCAAGAGUCUUGAUAAUGAUUUUUUUCAAGCUUCUAUCAACCUUUCAUGCUUUAAUUAAGAAACAAAGCAGCCGGGUUGGUGCAGUUCAUCCUUCUGAUACAGUGGCCUCCCAAGCUGAAGAUAAUCAUAAAGUUCAAGAGGAUAUUAAAGAACAUGUCAAUCCUUGUUUAGAACGAAUUCAGAGGCUUGAGGAAAUGUUUAGUGAGAUCAAAAGAAAACCUGCUCAAAUUCCUGCCGAGAAGGAGCGUGUACUUAUGGACUCUUGGUACAGAAUCAAAUCUAUUGAGUUUGACCUUGAGAAGACGAAGAGAGUCCUGCACAGCACUGUUUUGAAGCAAAUGGAGAUUUCUGAGACGCUAGAUGUUGUGCAGGAGUCUAGUGGCAGGAAAAAAUCUUUUUGCCGAUAGAAGUAAAGACCAGAGUUUGGAGUAGCUGAGCAUGAGUUAGGAGCCAGAAUAGCUGUAAUUACGAAGGAGAAACAUGCAUGCAUUACACAUACAAAGCAUUUUUCUUCCCAAUCCUCUGCAACUCUUGUUUUGUGCAAUUUUGUGGAUGUUUAGAGCAGUUCACAAAUUCUUAGCAAGAGAGAUGUAUUUGGCCUGAAAUUUUAGUGGAGAGCGUUCAAUAGAAAUUGCUAGGUUUAGAUCAUGCAACAAUUAAACAGAACCACACGAGAUUUCUGUCAACACAAAAGAAGUUUUUGGUUCCCCUUCCUUUUGUCUUUGUAAAUUUCUCAUUUCCAGUUAUUCAUUUAAUUUUUUUUAUUAUUAUUAUGAUUAGUUGAUCAAGUAU